AGCACAUGAAGGAAGCGCUGGAGCUGUGGCACGCGAAGAAGAGAAGACCAGCAAAAUCGGUGGUGUUCGCAUCACAAGAGAGGAAGCGCAAGGGCAAGGCUCUGCUGGAAGAGGCUGAGCACGAACCUCCGGUGCCAGACUACAUAGGAGAGAAUUGGGAUGAGGAGGAGGAGGAGGAGGAGGAGGAGGAGGAGGAGGAGGAGGAGGAGGAGGAGGAGGAGGAGGAGGAGGAGGAGGAGGAGGAGGAGGAGGAGGAGGAGGAGGAGGAGGAGGAGGAGGAGGAGGAGGAGGAGGAGGAGGAGGAGGGGGAGGGGGAGAGGGAUGGUGGAGGUGCAGCAGCUAUAGAAGACAACCCCUUCCUAUCAGAUGAUGAAGCGGAGGAUGAAGUCUCUGUGGAUCAUGGCAUUCCAACCACACUCAUCUCCGACCGAGACCCUAAGUUCACCAGCAAUUUGUGGAAGGAACUGAUGUCUCUACUCAGGAACAAACUCCCCAUGCCAUCAGCGUAUCACCCACAAACAGACGGCCAAACUGAAUGCCUCAACCAAAUUGUGCAGCAACUCCUCCACGCAGCAUGCAAGGACGACAUCUCCAAGUGGUACGUGCAUCUACCCGUCCUAAAGUUUGCCUACAAUAAUGCCACUCACCCCGCUACCGGACAGGCACCGUUUUUCCUCUGUUACGGACGCAACCCACUCACUCCACCGAAACUAACAGCACCAACCAUAAGCUAACAAAUCAAGGGCUGUUUACUUC